CAGGCCUGCACUGCGCUCCUCUAACUGGAUACUGUAAAUGUUUAGCUUUACCCAUCUUUUCACAAGAGGACGAUGGGUGAUUUGAACAAAUUUCCCGUUUUCUUCGACUGCCGCAGCUUGCCCCCAGAGCAGGAAAAGAAGAUAGAGAAGUAUUUCCGUAUUCACCGCAAAUCAGGUGGAGGCGACUGCGGACAACUGAUACGAGUGAAUGAUGAAAUCUACAAGAUAGCUUUUAAAUAUCAGAAAGACCAGCAGGCAGUUCUGCAGAGGUCCCAGCAUUCAGUGGAGCUUGGAGAUGGUCCACUGGUGUUUACUGUCCGAGGCAGCCUGGAACCUCUCUCCUCCUCUCCCAAAUCCACCCCAACUCCAAGCCAGAACUUCACAACUACAGCACAGAGCUGUGUAGAGGCUGCCUCAACUCCUCCAUCAAGUGGUGAAGAAUAUGAAGUACAUUUUGAUGCUUAUCUCCUUCGCUACCUAAAGGAAAGUCCCAAGGCUGGGAAAGAACUAGAGGAAACACUUGCUUCUGUGGCAUGCUCUGCUCAGCUUUACCCAGAAGACGGGAGGGUUUUAGUGAGGAGAUUAACCCAACCUGGUGCUGUAGAGGGAGAUGGAGUCAAAAAGUGGGAAGAUGAGGUGGACAAACUCUUUAAAGGUUUACAGGAACGCUACCCCUGCCAUUUUGAGUUUAACCCUCACAAAAUGAAAGCUUUGCUUCAGCACCGCAGGUCUCAACAGAUUAUAGAUGAAGUGAAAGUGUACAGUGAGGCUGGGAUGGCUGUUGUGGUUGGGGAACGAUCUCAGGUAGAUGCCAGGUUGAGUGAUAUAGAGAACAGGCUAUCUGUAAGGGAGAAGCAGAUCAGUACUUGUCAACUGGUUGAGGCCAAGCUUCGCCUACUCUGGAAAGACAUUGAGCACUUUUUGCGACAAGAUUUUCCAGGAGUUAAGGUGACAAAAGGAAAUGCAGGACAAUUAGUCCUGGAAGGCUCUGUGGAGGAGAUCCAUAAGGCAAGAGAUUCAGUCUAUGAGAAGGAGAAGUUAGUGUUAGAGAGAUCUGUUUCUGACAUGAGUCCACAUCUUUUGACCUUCCUGAGAAAGUCAUAUGGAGAUCCAGGAGCUCUAGGUGACUUUUUAGGAGUUGGUGACAAGUUGGAAAUAGAGUUACGGGACACAGAGCUACGCCUCUUCUCUCUCUUCACGGAUUAUCUUGAUGAAACAGAAAAGGCACUGCAAGGCAAGUUCAUGGAAGUAAAUAUUGAUCUUCCUUACUGCUCUAUUGUACCAUCUGAGCUUCAGUCAAAACUUAAAUCCAAGGAGAAUGAGGUAAACCAAGGACAAUGUAGGGCUCAGGUCACGUUUGACUCAGGCAGCACAGUGUGCUUACUGGGCCACACCAAAGAGGUCGAAGAACUGAGAGAAGCUGUGACACUCUUUAUUGUAGACCAGUCUAAUGUGCAACGCAUAGUUGAUCUGCCUUUCCCAGAGUUAGCAGAAAAGUUACCAGAUUUGUUGCAGCAGCAUGGUUUUGAUUAUUCAGGUGUUACCUUCCACCCUUUAACCUCUUCCUCUGAGUCCAUGGUGAUGUUGGAAGGACCACCCAGUAAAGUGACUGAGGUCAAGAACUGGCUGGGUUCAUUUCUGGACUCCCAUCUUCAACAUACUGAGACAUUAGUGACAGAAAGAUAUUGUGUUGGUCAUUCUCAGUUUGAGGACCUUUAUUGUAAAGAUGCACAGCAUUUGGCAUCUUUGAGUUUGAGUGAAGAAAGCACAAUAUUUGCUAGCUACUGUCUUCAUGAUGGGCUCCAGGUGCUGGUGUGUCAGGGUGACAUCACCAAACAGGAUGCUGAUGCCCUGGUGAACGCUGCCAAUGAGGAUCUGGACCACUGUGGAGGGGUUGCUGCUGCACUGAGUAAAGCAGGCGGCCCUGAGGUGCAGAGGGAGAGUAGUGCAAUAGUAAAGCAGUGGGGCAAAAUUCCUACAGGUGAUGUGAUAGUGACCACAGGGGGGAACCUAAACUGCAAGAAACUGCUGCAUGCGGUUGGACCUGUUGGACGAAUAUCAGGUGGCAAUGAAAAGGUUUUACUGGAAAAAACUGUCAAAACUGCUCUGGAUUUAGCAGAAAUUAUGAAGUUCAAGUCGAUAGCCAUACCCUGUAUCAGUUCAGGGACAUUCGGUGUUCCUGUCAGAGUGUGCUCAGAGGCUAUUGUUACAGCUGUUAAAGAGUUUGGUAGUCAGGGAGGGCGAAGUCUGAGCAGAAUCAUCCUGAUAGAUACCAGAAAAGAGGUGGUGUUGGCAAUGCAAGUUGCAUGUGACAGGCUUCUCCAAGCUAUAAGUACAGGAAACAGUACACCAAGAGAUUUUGGAUUCCCAAUGGACUUUGCUGACACAGGAAGUGGAGCCACUGCCGGUGGUGCUGGAGAGAGUGUCCAUGUCGAGAUUGUUCAGGGAACCAUUGAGACCCAGCAGGUCGAUGCUCUGGUUUCUCCUAUGUACGGCCACAAUCCUCUCUCUACACGUAUUGGAAAUGCUUUGUUCACAACGGUUGGAGUUCAGCUGGCUUCAAGGUUUAGAGAAGAAGCGGCAGAAGAAACUCUGCCUGGUGAAACAGUCAUGGUGGAGGAUUUGCCUGCACUUCCAUCCAAAGCUGUGAUCUUCCUCAACCUGUUUCCUUGGGGUAAUGACCCAAAUGGGACCCCUGUCGAGGUUCUGAGAAUGGCCAUCAAAGAAACCCUGACUUCUUGUGAAAACAGGGGAUUUGAUUCUGUUGCUUUCCCUGUACUCGGAUCUGGGAUUGCCCUGCGUUUUCCUGAGAGCGUGGUCGCCCAGGUUCUACAGGAGGAAGUUCAUGCUUUUAAACUGAACAGAGCCAGAAAAACACCGUUCCUGGUCCGCAUCGUCAUCCACCCCCAUGACCAAGAGUCCAUCAUGGCCUUUGAGUGCUUCCAGGAGACUUUGAAACUCUCAAAACAUGUUCACCAAUCAGACCAAGUGUCAACAAAGAGGAUCGUCCUGCUGGGAAAAACUGGAACAGGGAAAAGCCACCUAGCCAACACCAUACUUGGAGAGCAACUGUUUGAACCAAAUGAUUCUCCCAACUCUGGAACACAACAAUGUGUAACAGAAACAAGAUCUGUCAAUGGAAGAAGUAUCACUUUGAUUGACACUCCUGGGUUCUUUGAUGUAGAACGGAAAGAGGGCGAAGUUAAGGAUGAGAUAAUGAAGUGCAUCACAGAGUGCGCUCCCGGGCCUCAUGCUUUUCUUAUUUUGCUCAAAGUGGAUAAAUUCACAGAGCAGGAGAAAGAUGUCAUCGCAAAAAUACGCCAGUGUUUCACAGAAGAUGCUCUAAAAUUUGCUGUAGUGGUCUUCACUCAUGGUGCCCAGCUCCCUAAAGGGAUGACAAUUAAGGAGUUUGUCAGUCAGAAUGAGGAUCUGAGUCAUCUGGUGAAUCAAUGUGGUGGUAGGUGCCACGUCUUUGAUAAUAAAUACUGGAAUAAUACACAACAAAAUACCUACAGAAGCAACCAGUUCCAGGUGGAGGAGCUACUCAACACAGUGGACAAGAUGGUGAUGGAAAACCAAGGAGGCUACUACACCAAUGAGAUGUUACAAGCAGUGGAGAAAGAAAUACAGAGAGAGUCAGAGCACAUUAAACAGUCAUCAGGAAAUAUGCCAGAGGAAGAGAUCAGAAAGCAGGCUAAACGCAGAGUGUGUGACAGGUUUUUGAUCCAACUGGCAGGUACUGCAACAGGAACUUUAGUUGGAGCUUUUUUUGGUUUGACUGCAAUGGUCCAAUUAUUUAUCAGAGCUUUACAGCAGGCGCCACACUUUAAAAAUAUUCUGAAACAAAUUCCAGCAUUAGCAACUUUUGGAGGAGAAGCAGCAGGAGUAGCUGCAGCCGUGUUAGGUGUGUCUACAGCAGCCGUGGCUGUAACAGGAGGAGUAAUGGGUGGUGUUAUUGGACAUGAUGCAGCUGAGGAUGCAGAAACAGUAGGGGAAGCAAUAGACAGGGCAGCUAAGGCUGUCAUUGACAAAGGAAACUCUACUUUAAGAUUGCAAUAACAAUUUUUUUUUCUUGUUUAUACAUGGGGGAAACUGAACAAACUGAAAACUGGAUUCACGUAUUAUCACUAAUUAGAGUCACCACAACCUACAGUAGUAACACAUUUACAGCAUCCACUGUUUUGUGGUUAUCUGACAAAUUUCUAUGCAGCAUUAACUAUCAUUUUAGGUAUAUUUAGAUCUCCACCAACAUUUUUAUGUUCACCAACUAAUCCUUAAGUUUGUCUGUUUGUAGUUUGGUGCUGGUCAGUUACCUGUUCAUUGUAUUUAUCAGAGCUUUUUGUUGCUGCCAGCUGAGGCUAGAUAAGAGGUUGAAGAGUUUUCUGUUCAAAAAAAAAAAAAAGGUCAAAAACUAAAUGGGAAAUGCGCAGUUGGUUGAUUAUUCUCUGUUUAACAAUAAUUAAUUCAAAAAUGUUGAUUAGUACUGCUUCUACUUGUUUUGUAUUUGAGCAGAACAACACAGCAGACUCUUAAAGAAGAAAAACAGUGGCCUUAAAAAUGGUGGAGGUAAAAUGUUCUCAAAAGUCUGUUUUAUUACUCACUUGUAUAUAACAUGUACAUUAUGAUACAUAUGAUAUGAUGUAUAAACCAAUAAAUAUGUUGUACUAUAAGACACUUUGCCACUUUAAACUGCAAAUGCACAAAGUAAGCCUAGCAGAGUGAUCACUGUCCACCAGGGGAGGAUAUUAUAACUAAUCAUUAUUAAUACAGAUCUUUUAGGUUGUGAUGUGAUAACCUCAAUAAGUCUGGAAGAUUCAGAUGAUUAAAUGUCAUUAUAUAUCUCAAAUUGGUCAUCUGAAUGUCCAUUGUCCGUAAUUCCAGGGUGUUGAAAAAUGGCAAUUAACUUAUUUUCAUUGAUCUCUUUCUCUUUGUUACAAAUCAGUUUUUCAACAAUAAAAGGGUUAAA